AUGGACCUUCAACCUUUGCUCAGUCGCCGGAACUUCUUUUCACGGAAGGACUUGUACAUUGCACUUUCGAUCCCGGCUGUCACUUUUCUUGCUGCAAGAGCCGCAAUAAAUCUUUACAAUAUUGCAAGUUCCGAUGGGAUUCCAAAGAGACCGAAAGUCCUGAAGGCCCCAUCAACCAAGCUGCUCACCGCGGAAGAAUAUGAACAGGUACCUUACCCACCCGAUGCUCUACCGAGAGGACGAAAUGUCGCAACCCCGUAUGGGAACAUACGCGUCUACGAAUGGGGUCCAGAAACCGGUCGAAAAGUCCUCUUUGUGCAUGGCAUCAGCACACCUUGCAUCUCCCUCUCACGUGUGGCGGGCCACCUCGUGAAGAAGAGCUGUAGAGUGAUGCUGUUUGAUCUUCCUGGACGAGGCUAUUCCGAUUGUCCCGAUACAAACCACUAUCACCAAGACAUCAAUCUCUUCUCAACAUGUAUUCUCUCAGUCAUCUCGAGCUCUCAUCUAUCCUGGACAUCGGAAGGGUUCACCCUUAUAGGGUACAGCCUCGGCGGCGGAAUCGCAGCAGGCUUCACAGCACAUUAUCCCGACCUGGUUGAAAGUCUUGUCCUGAUCGCUCCAGGUGGUCUCCUUCGGCCUACGAGACUGAGUCUAAGCAGCAAGAUCCUCUACUCUAGUCUCUUACCCGACAGUGUCGUGAACUACUUCGUCGGCCGUCGUCUCAGAGUCAGCACGCCAAAACCAAAAGAUCCAAAUGCUCCAGCUCCCAUCAAUUCACGAUCCCAAAUUCAGAAUCUCAAGAAAUUCGACUGGACACAAGUACCCCACUCUACCAAACGUCGCAUCUCAGUCACUGCUGCUGUCCACGCCGAAACGACAGGGCAUUACGGCGAAGACGAUGGUGGCGACGAUCACGAUGAAGACGAAUCCAUAGAUCCUCACGCACCAGGCCAAGACAGCUUGUCCCCUAUCUUCGAUGACAGGCCGAACAUUUCGCCCGCGACGGCCGUCGCAUGGCAACUUGAAACGCAUCCUGGUUUCAUCCCGGCUUUCAUCAGCUGCAUCAAAUACGCGCCUAUCCAUGACGGUUGGGCAGAUUGGAGACUUAUCGGCGAGCGAUGCGCUAAAGGUCGAGAAAGGGAUCGAGCGAAGAAGCAGCAGCGUGAAGAACAUCAUCGUGUUCGGAUCGUGAGCGGUGCAAGUGGGAGCAGUGAAGAUGGAAGGAAACAUUCUACGACAGGAUCCGUCUCAUCGGUCUCUUCAUCUACUGUCUCGGCUUCGUCGAUGUCUUGGGAAACUUCUUCAUCUUCUUCGAACAGAAGACUAGGACUUGAUGAAAGGAAAGUUCUCGUUUUGUUGGGGAAGAAAGAUGUUAUCAUUACUCCUGAGGAAACUGCCCAGGACGCCACGGAGGCGCUGGGGCAAGAGAAUGUGGAAAUCAUGAGGUUGAAUGGAGGCCAUGAUUUGGUGUUGUCGAACGUGGAUGGAGUGGUGAGAGCUAUGAUCGGGUUUUGGGGAAGCAGGGAGGAGGUAUCGCUGGGCGCGGAAGUGAAGAGUGAAUGA